CCCAUGCACGGUACCCUUCAUAAAACCACACCACGCGUCUGCGAUCAUGAUCUGUGGCAGUUCAAAAUCUCCCGCCAGCUUGUUCAGUUAAUCUGCGAGAGGGCGCUGCUGCUGCUCAAGCUUGAGACUAACCUAAACAACUCCUGUGCAUCCUUCUUAAAGUUUGUAAACAAGGGAAAAGUGCAACUCUGUUGCAGCUUAUUGGCCUUGUGGCUUGAUCUUUAUGCCUUUUAAAAGAAAUCCUUCGAGAUGAGUGCCGAAGCUGAAGCUGUCAAGGCAACGGGCAUCUGUAAUAUCUGCAGCACUAAUGGGGCCUUGUAUGUCUGUCCUCGCUGCAAUAUUCCGUACUGCUCAGUGGCAUGUUAUAGAGACAGCAAGCAUUUGAACUGCUCCGAAUCAUUUUACAAGGACCAGGUUUUUUCUACUCUUUCGUCGCAGUCUAAUGAAGAAAAUGCUGAGGGACGUCGUCAUAUGGAGGAAAUCCUAUCAAGGCUUUAUGCUGCAGAUGCCAAUCCAAUUGAGAAUUUAGAUUCUGAUGAUGAGAAUGAUGAAGAAGAAGGAAGUGAUGAUGAUCUGUCAUCCCGAUUAGCUGGUGUAAGCUUGGAUGAUGCUGACGCAGUGUGGCAACGAUUGUCAAGUUCAGAGCGUGCAGAAUUUGAGAAGCUGUUACAAACGGGUGGAAUUACAGAGCUUCUCCCAGAGUUCAGCCCAUGGUGGGAAAAGAAAGCUAAACUUGUUGAGGAAGUCAAAUCUAAUGAUGACGGCACUUCAGUUUCAGUCCAGCCUGAAAAUCAAUCAAACAGCACUGUUCCUGUUAUUGCAAAGGAUAUUUCCAGUUUCAAGGAUUUGUGUAAAAAGCCUGCUUCACCAUGUCUGCCAUUUAACACCACAAACAUAAUUGGUGCAUAUGUUUAUACAGUCCGAUGUUUCAAUGGAGAACAUCUUGACUGGGCAUCUCAAGCUGCCUACAUUGCAUGGAACCUAAGUGGUUCUUUAAAUACGAAUCAAAACUUUGAUAACAUGAUGGAUGCUAUCACCAGUGUGGCGGUCAACAUGACUGAGAAAGAAAAUUCAAGUGAAGAAGAGUUGUCAACAAUGAAAGCUGAUGCACAGUGCAUUCUUUCAUCACCUUCACACUUGCAAGCAGCAUUAUCUGAUUUGCUUUCAUUAUUUCGAGCAGCAGUAAGGCAUCGUCCUCCAACAGCCAAAGGACCAUUUUCACAACGAUUUCCAGAUGGGGCUGACAGCCAGAUACCACGUGAUAAACUCAAGCUGUUAGUGAAAAAGUUGGAGUUCUAUUUAUCGUGGGUGCUGCAGGAAAAAUUUUUCAUUGCAACCAAAUCCUAGCCGUUGCUACAAAAUAAAAUCCAAGCAUUCUGUUAAAGUGUGCCAAAUCCUUAAUCCCUCUCUAUUAUUAUUGCUGCAAUUACAAUCACAUACAACAAUGCUGGAAAGGCCUGCACUUCUGGAAUUAAUAAAUUAAUGAAUAUACAGGUA